GAAAAAAUCUCGUGAGUAAAAGCAAAAAUUUUGUGCAGAAGAAAAUAAAAUUUAUAUGAGAGAUAGCCAGAGAGGUUUGCAAAAUGAAAUUCUCAUGAGAAAAGAAAAACCCAUUUCAGAUAUUUAAAUUUUCUCGCAACCAUAAAAAAAAAAAAACUAAUUUAUUGCAAAAGGAUUUCAAUUUCCAUAUCUUCUUCACUUUCCCCUUUGAUUGCUGCCUCAACGCGAAGGAAUUAAGAGGCAUGUCAAUUCAUUUGCAGUUAGGGUUUUUUUCUCAUUAAUUUCGGAAUUAAUCAUCAAUUUUUCAUCAUCAAUUUUAUUUUUUUGUUGCAUUGAUCCUAGAAUAUUGGGGAAGUUGGCGAGCCAGUAAUUCAAUGUGUGUUAGGGUUUGAUUUUUUUUUUCAAUGAUUUCAGUUUUGAGAGGGAUAUCUGUGUGCUGCAAGGAUUUCAAGUUUGAGUAAUAAUUAUGUUCAAAGAAGGUGGUGAGAUGAUAAAAGGGGAUCACCUGAAUCUGCAAAGAAGUUUGUGAAACAAUUUAUGAUUCAAAACGCUGAUAUGAGACUUGAAUCAGGGACUUGUAACGUGUGCUCAGCUCCUUGUUCAUCUUGCAUGCAUCUUAAUCAAGCUAUUAUGGGGUCGAAGGCUGAAGAAUACUCUGAUGAAAACUGUCGCUUAGUGGAGGACAAACGUUAUUCGACAGACGAGGGUGAUGAAUCUUAUGUUAGGAGCAGAACUUGUGAAAGAUUGAAGCAUUCUGGCAGUGAAACCAGUAACAUGCCCAGUAUUUUCUCCAGUCAUGAUUCUUUAUCUGAAAAUACCAAGACUAAACAGGCCUUUUCAGAAAAGUGUCAGGAUUCUAAGUGUUUAGAAGGUCUUGAUGAUAACAUUAAUUGUAUCAAUAGACCCGGUAAUACUAAUUUAGUGAGUUGUGGUAAUCAAAUAAAUUCAGACAAAAUAAAUAUAUCUUCUAGUUCGGCUUCAGUUAGUCUGUUUGGGGAACAAGAGUCUCGAAAUGCGCAAUCUGUUGAUAUAUCUGGUUCAUCUGAGAUUCUCUCUAAAUAUGCAGAUGUUCCAGAAAAAUUGUCAGAAUGCGGUAUAGAAAAUGUUGAUUCAUCAUUGACCAAAGAGAGAGAACCUAUUAUUGUUUCUGGUGAAAAAUCUCUUCCAUAUAAGGAUGAACUUCUUAGUGAUACAGCCAAAGUGUCACAAAAAAUGUAUCCAAAGUCAGAAGCUGAUGCUGACAAUGAUGUUAGUGUUGCUGAAGAUGGGGAACAUAAACGUUCAGCCCAUGAUGGACUGCAUGAGAAGGUUGUGGAACGGGUUAACUCGCUUGGGAUAUCUGUACCUCAACCAGAAGAUGAGAGUGAUGAAUCAGAUGUUAUUGAGCAUGAUGUAAAAGUAUGUGACAUCUGUGGAGAUGCUGGUCAGGAGAAAGACCUUGCCAUAUGUAGUAGGUGCAUUGAUGGUGCAGAGCACACAUACUGCAUGCGGGAAAAGCCUCAAGAGUUUCCUAAAGGGGACUGGUUAUGUGAGGAAUGCCAAUGUGCUGAGGAGACUGCUGCCAAUCAAAGAUUGGAUGUUGAAGGAAAAAAUAGUCAUAAAGUUGGUUCCAGUUCUCAAAUAUCUGGCAAAAGGUCUUCUGAAAUCAUGGAAGUAGCUGAAGUAGCAAAGAGGCGAGCCCUCGAAUCAAGCACAGGAUCACCGAAGGCAUCAAGCCCUAGGAGAUUAGUUCCACUGUCACGAGAGUCUUCAUUCAAGAACUUAGACAAUGGAAUGGUGAAACCUGGUCAAACUUCAAGGAGAAUGGGUUCAUUGUUGAAGUGUAGUUCAUUCAACAACUUCAAUUCCAAAUCAAGAGGCAAACUUGAUGAUGAUGUUCGUCAAAAGCAGAAAGUGGGUGGUGGUGAACAUGUUUCUAAGAACAUGGAGAUACCUGGUGGGACAGUAAGAAAAUCAAUGUCAUUCAAAUCGUCAAAUUUGGGUCGUGCUACUGUAUCAAAAGUUAAAAUGCUUUCUUCCAAGUCUGGAACUUCUCAGGAUUUGAAAGGAUCAAGCCUUGCAAAAGAAUCAGCUGUUUUUGACAGGAAAUCUCUGUCUAAGAUUGAUCGGCCUGUAGUCUGUUCCACAAUGGCUAGUUCUGUCAUUUCCACAUCUAAGCAUGAUCAGGAGUUUAAAGUUAACCAUGUUGGAAAAUCAAGUUCAUUAUCAAAGCCUGUGAAUAAAAUAAACAACAAAAUCCCAGAACCUCAAGCUAUUUCAGGGAGAACGUCAACCAGUGUGUAUGAAACUCAACAGGAUGGGCUGCCUCGAUUACGAGAAACAGCAAAUCAGGUUGACAAAACAAAAGAUAGUUAUACUCAUCGUAUGAGGUCAGGUACUAGUGCUUCAACACCUCCGUUCUGUCAUAAAUGUAAAGAUCAUGGCCAUGCUACAGAAUGUUGCACAGUUGGUGGAACACAUGAAUUUGGUGCUGACAGAUUGGUUACUUCCACAAGUAGUUCAAAAGAGUUGCAUAAAGGUAGUAGAUUGAAAGCUGCACUCCAGGCAGCUAUGCUUAAAAGGCCUGAAAUACACAAGAAGAAAUAUCUACAUGAUCAGUCUGCUACAUCAGACACAGUCUUGAAAUGUAAAGUCAGCUCUCAAGACCAAGUGGAGGUCUCUGCUUAUAACACACUGAAAAAAAGUAUUUCUGUUGAAGAAACCAAUGUGAAGCAUGAAAGGCAGAAUUCUACAUUUGAAACGUCCAAAUGUUUGUCUGUCAAUGAUUUGAAUCACAUUAAAACUGAUUUGUGCUCUCAACUGAAGAAUUCGGAUUCUAUUAGUCCUUCUGAAAAGCCCGCAGUGAGAGACUUGCCUAAUCAUGUUUUGGCGAUCUCAAGUGUUACUUCAGAGAUGUCAGCCGUUCCAGAGUACAAAUACAUCUGGCAGGGUGUCUUUGAAGUGAGUAGAAGUGGAAAGUCUCCCAACCUUUAUACCGGAAUUCAAGCACAUUUAUCCUCAUGCGCUUCCCCAAAGGUUCUUGAUGUUGUGAACAAGAUUUUACCCGAAAUUUCCCUGCAUGAAGUUUCUCGCUUGAGCACAUGGCCUUCACAUUUUCGUCAAUGCGGUGCUAAAGAAGAUAAUAUUGCUCUUUACUUCUUUGCCAAAGACAUUGAAAGUUAUGAGAGACACUACAAGAGUCUAUUGGAUCACAUGAUUAGGCAUGAUUUAGCACUCAAAGGGUUUAUUGAUGGUGUCGAACUUCUCAUAUUUGCUUCCAAUCAGCUUCCUGAAAAUUCACAGCGUUGGAAUAUGUUAUUUUUCUUAUGGGGAAUAUUUAAAGGGAGGAGGGUUAAUCAUUCAGAUUCUGUAAAAAAUAUUGUUUUACCAAGUUUGAACGUGGCGGUGCCAAUUGAGAAGGAUUUUCCGACUGCUGUCAUGACCUUGUCUGAUACUCGCUGUUCACCAGUGCGCAUCAAUGAAGAAUCAAUAGCUUGUGGUAAAGAUUGCAGUGAACUUCCAGCCACUUCCAUUGACCAAGGUCAUAUUAUGCUAAGUAAGGAUUUUGAUAUAAAAGAUACUAUUGUUGACCAGACACAUUUGGGUUCACAAGUAAACUUUGAUAGGCAAGAUAGUAGAAUCAACAACACCAAGUCUUCGUCAAGGAUUUCAACAAACGUUAUACAACCAUGUCGAGAAAUGAAUACCAUUGAUUCGUCCCUGAAAGAGAAAGGUAGUUUGUCAGAGCAUGGACUGCACAGAGAGUCUAAAUCUCCUGAAGAGGCGGGAACAAUUGUAAGGGCUAUGAUUGUGGAAACAAAACCUGAUUAUGGUAUUUCUGUCAAACAAGAGAACUCCCUGUCUUCAAGGAUUCCUUUUCUUGACAAUCAAGAGAUACUCACUGCAAACAGCACCCUGAAAGAUAAAAUUUCAGAGAGAACAAACAAUGAUGAAAAUCAACGAAGGCCUAAAAGGAAAGAGAGAGAAGAUGAUCUCAAUAUUAAUGUGGAAGCAACAUUUCAGGGAGAUCUGGCCCUAGAAGCAGUCAACUGUCAGCUGCCUAAUGAUAUAAAAGUUGCGCAUAUAGACCAUUCUAACACAGUUAUGGAGGCUCCUGCAGCUAGUUGUCAGGAAAUGCCUCGGACUAAGAUGAAUCGAAAGUUGGAAGAUACAGACAGUUCUAGCAAGCUGCAGUCAGGUUUCAGUGGAGUCUAUGGGUGUCACAAUUUUGUAGCUAGGGAUUCUCUUACUGGAAGUUCUACAUCACUUGUAAAUGAUUUUGGUUCCUCUUCUUCAGUUGAAGACAAAGGAUGCAAAGAAUCUUGUGAUGAGAAAAUCAUCCAUGAGGACCUCGGAACGAUGGAAAAAACCUUCUUCCCUAUUGAUAGACACAAUACAACUGACUCGCGAUUGGUGCUGAAUAGCAUGUCAAUGAAAGGGUCUCAUGAGUGCCGUGAGCAAUUUGAAGUUGGGAUACCGAGUCUCGAGCUUGCUUUGGGGGGUGAAAUUAAACAGUCAAAGAACGGUACACUUCCUUUCCUUGCUGGGCAAGCUGACAAGAAAAAUAACCAGGAAAAGACUCCAGAUUGUUUGGAAGCUGAGCAAGAGGAUGAUGACAGUCUUGCUGCAUCUCUUUCCCUGUCUCUAUCUUUCCCAUCUUCAAACAAGGAAACCACAAUACCUGCUUCAAAAGAUGAGCAUCACAUGAAUUCUUCAUUGCUCCUUUUUGGGAGAUUCACUGACAAAUAAGUAUGCUGGUAUUUCUCAUGUACAUUCACCUGUUCGAGAUCCUUUCGGUAAAGAUACAGCACAUCAUAUGUAGUACACCUGUCCAUGUGCUCAACAAGAGUCAAUAAGUGAUUUUACCCUUUGUUAAAAUAUACAAGCUUUUGUAAUAGUAGAAUCAUUUUGGUUUAAGAAUGCAUAGGUAUGGCUGUUUGUAAAUAGAGAGAACUUCAUGCCGAUAUAAUCUCCGAAAUUACUAGGAACUUGCGGAUGAUUUCUUUUA